CCUAGCCCCAACAGGUUUUAAUUAAUACAUUUUUAUUUAACUAGGCAAGUCAGUUAAGCAAAAACUAUUAUUUGCAUUUACUGCCUACCCCGGCCAAACCCUAACGACGCUAUGCCAAUUGUGCGCCGCCUUAUGGGACUCCCAAUCACGGCUGAUUGUGAUACAGCCUGGAAUCGAACCAGGGUCUGUAGUGACGCCUCUAGCACUGAGAUGCAGUGCCUUAGACCGCUGCACCAGUUAGUGGAGGUCUUGGGGACCAGGGCCCUGAAGGACCCAAAGUAAGGAUUAUGCUAAACUUCCUAUACCUCCAGAAAUGUUCUAGAUAAAGAUACAGCUAAAAUGUACAGAGAAAGUUGGGGAAAGGUGAAUGAUGCCCCUCUUUCCCAGGGUGACCUAGUGGAGUGACGGAACCUCCUGGGGAUACUGGCAUCAGGUUUCCUACACCUAAGGCCAGUUGAAAUCUGUUGUUAGAGGUGACUUCUACCUCUUUUCUGUCAUACGAUCUCUCUAGUCAUCUCUGACUCUAAUCCUAAUUUAUCCUGUGUCAGAACACCUAGGGUGAUAAAGGAAACCAGGGAAGACCUGGACCUACCAGUCCCAUGGGUAUGAGUGAACCAGGACUGCCAUAUGUCUACUAGUGUCUGAUUGGUCGUCCAGGGCUUCAGGGAACACAAGGGUUCCCAGGAGAGGGUCUACCAGGGCCUAAGGAUGACAUGGGUUCAAGGUUCAAAGGUGACAAGGGAGACCAUGGUCCACCUGGGUCUUCCAGCCCUCGUGGGCCACCAGGGCUGGGAAUAUUCAUCCCGAAGGGUGACCAGGGCUUCCCAGGGCAGCACGGACCACAGGGAGAGAGAGGAGUUGUGGAGCCAGGGCCGAAGGGUGAACCAGGACCUGACGGAUCCUCUGGGAUACCUGGUAUACUUGGGGAAGAUGGAGCGGUCCAACCUAAGGUUGUCACGUCCUGACCAGUAUAAGGGUUAUUUGUUAUUGUAGUUUGGUCAGGACGUGGCAGAGGGUAUUUUGUUUAUGUGGUUCGGGGUGGUGAUUUAUUUAAUAGGGUGUUGGUUUAGUUAGUUCUGGGUUUUUGGGGUUAUGUUCUAGGUUUGUAUUUCUAUGUGGUCUCUAGUCUUUUGUAUUUCUAUGUCUAGUUUAUUGGGGUUGGACUC